UAUUUUGGGUUUUGAAAGUAAUUCAACACCUGCUUAAAACAAAAAAUGGAAGUUUGAUAAGAUCAAGAAACAGGUUGUCCACCCCCACCUUAUUUUCCAAGUAACACAUUUGCCCCUCCUGCUUAUGAGGGCAGGGUUGAAACUUCACCUACAAGGUUAGUUCCUCUGUGACUGAUCUCAGAUCUGCAGUGAAGACCGAGUCAACUGCUCAGACCAGCAGGUGUCCUCCAGCCAGGAGAGGAAACCGAUACAAGGACACCUAAACAGGAAUUCACCCAUUUUCUCCAGCUUUUAUUUUUGUUAUAUACAGGUUUACCAGCGCAAAGGAAUCUGCUGACUAUGUCGAAAGAGGCUGACAGAGAGACAGUGCUUCGUAGUAUGAAGGUUCGGACAUUUCUGAAGAGAGACGGGAGCUGGAUAAAGCACCACAAAAAUGUUGAGGAGGAGGAAGAGGAAAAGUCGCGCAGGACUACAGAAUGGAGAGAUCAACAACGCCAGUUGAGUUUCGUGAAUGAACCCAAGACAGCAAUCUCUCCCCCAGCCUCACCUGGCAUCACAAACACUGCCUCAACAAAUAGGGCGCAAGAUAAUAACGAAUGCACCUCUGCUGAAACUCUGAAGGACGUCACUACUGUUCCGGCGGUCACUUCCGAACCUAUCGUUUCACCCCAAGAAGCAGCCCUUGAGUCCGCACCACUGAAAGGCAGUGUAAAGGGUAAUACUAGCGGUCAAGAAGCUCUACCUAAGAUAAAGGCAGAUGUCAGAACUUUGGCAAACACCCCUAAUGCUCCUGACUCAAAAACUCAAAGAUCAAUGGCUGAUGUGCCCAUCAAGGACAUUUCUUCUCUGGAGGACAAUUCUUCACUAUCUGUCAGCAUCCCCGAAGACACUGUGCCCAAAGUCGAAAUACCUGACUCAUCAGCUGCGCAAUGCAUAGUGACUGAUGCCAAGGAAGUACCUUCACCAGAACACACUUCCUCACCAGCCGCCUGCUUCUCUGACGCUGAAGAACACAAACCAUCGACACUGCAAACAUCAAAAGCCCCAGAACCAUCCGCCACCACAAGCACAGUGACCAGUGACUGCACUCAGGCUGUCCCUACAAAACACACCAAGGAUAUUUCCACUCCACAUCACAGUUCCCCUUCAGCGCACACUACCACCGAAGACCAAAUACCUGAAUGGACAUUGCAGGACAGUGCAAAGCCUGAGCUCAUUAAUCAGGAAGCUCCACCUGAAGAUCAGAUGGACAUCCCACGCUUGCCUUUCGCUGCUAAGGUUCAGGAACCGACAGCACGGACAAGCGCGGAAUGUGAAACCAGCACCGAAGGAGCUCCAUCCCAGGGUGAAGGUGACAAAUCUGACGAACUCACGGCGGAACAGGCUUCCGGUCCUGAAGAACCUGAACGAAAACCUCGAACAAGCUCCACAGACAAUAAAUCAGACCAAGACAAAGCCACAGUUAUCGCUCCAACAGCCAGCACAGAGAAAACAAUGGAGAAUUUGGAAAACAAAGUUCAGGACCCUCCCAGCUUGGAAAGCAGGCCUGAAGAAUCUACCGAAGUCCCAGAGGAGAAAUGCGAGAAACUGGAACGUCUAGACAUCCGUGAGCCUCCAAGCACAGAAAAGAGUGAGACUGAAACACCCAGUGUGACGCCAUCUGCCGUAAAGAGCAGCAGUAACGUCUGUACAAUUUGUGGGAAGCCAUUCACAGAGGACUGUAGGAUCACUCUAAACCAUCUGAACAUCUCCUGGCACACCGACUGCUUUAAGUGUGUGGUGUGCAGUAAGCCCAUGGGUGACCUCUUACAAAAUAUGUACCUGCGUGGGGACAUGGUCUGUUGUGAAAGCUGCUACUUCAACAUUAGUUAAGGUAAUCUCAGCGGAGAAGUCAUGCUAACACCAAUAUUCCCGUUUUUACCUGUGUUUUUUUUUUUUUUUUACUGGUGAGAGAGAAUUAUACAGUCAUCUGUAAUACAGAAUGCCUUUUUCCAUAUAAAUUUUAUUAUUUCUGUUUUUCCCCUCAUAAUUUCUGGAGACUACUGCAUUAUGAGUUUUUGUGUAGUACCAUUAUGUUGUUUGCACUACAGUAUGAGGUUUGGCCUACAAAGUAUAUUAAAUAUUCAUAGCAAUAUUACAGUAUGUUACUAAAGUAUGCCUUUAUAGUUUGCGUAAUUGAUUGUGUUUGCAUCCCAGAAAAGUAUGUUUUUUUUUUUUUAUUUUUUUUUAUUAUUAUUAUUAUAAAGAAAAAGUAAAGUUGAUACAACAGCUACAUGCAGGCAGACAUGAAAUGGGUCAAUUUACUGUAGGGGUUCUUGAAAACAAAAGUUUUUAUAUUUCAUUCAAGAAUGACUCUUUUUAAAAUUUUGUUUCGUGGCAACGUAGUUCAUGUAAUAUAUUAUUCCUUAAAUUUUUAAAUAUUUUCGUAGUAAGAAAUUUCAUUGUAUAUUUUAUACAUUUUAAUCAUUUAAAAAAUGGAAACUGUUAUUUGUCCUAAAUGUUUACCAUUUAUGCAUAAAAUACUAAACAAUAAAUUAAAAGCUUUCUUUCUUCUGGGCCGAAGUAGUAUUACUCUCAGAACUUAAUGUUUACUCUUCCUGAACUCUGUUGUUGGGGGAAAAAAGUAUAGACUCGUGGUAAGCAGCUUCGUUUUUGUUCUGCACACAGUGACAAGCUUUGGAAAAUUCCUUGGUGGAAAAGGCUUGCUAUUCAGUAGAAGCAUGUGAAACUAAUCUCUAAUAUCUAAAUACCCCAAACAAAAAAUGUUGAUGAAUAUACAGUAUAUGAAUAUAAUGGUGCUCUGAAAUGCUAUAAUUUGUGACUGCUGACAGUUUUUGAUAAUCAUGAAUCUACCCUUUUAUUUUGCAGGUUUUAUGUAUGUUUAUAUAUGGGAGAAACUGGGAGAAAGAAUCAUUCUGCUGCCACAGAAAGAUGUUAAUACCAAAUACAGUGGUGACAAGUAGAUGUAAUUGAAGUCUGCAGUUUAAUACAUGCUUUCUACGAGUAGUCUCUGUUUUGCUUAAAUGUUGUGUAGCGUAACAAUUUUUUUGAUCACCAAAUUUCAAUUCAGAAGUUCAAAAGAAUUAAUCAUCUUUAAUAACAAUCAACACAGCAAUAAAUGUUUUAAACGUACAAAUAUUAAUACAAAUUAUUUUCAUGCAAGUGUAGUGCAUGAAAUCACAAUAUCGUUUUAGUUAUUUUAGCAGUAAUCUCAGUUAUAGACAGCUAAAUUGACUACAAGAACUAGUUUAGCACCAUACGUAGAAUGCGGUUGCUGUACGGCACACAUAAAAUAAAUUUGUGUCAGAUGACAAAUUUAAACUGUUUUGUAGUGCAGAAUAGGUUAGAAAUACUGUUGGCAUUAUUGGUACCAAGAGCAUGUACGUUUGAGUCCUACAUCACAUCUUUAAAUGCAUAGCACUACAAGAUUUCGGCACUACCUUUUUUUUUUUUUUUUUAUUAUAGCACAUAUGCAUUAAGUUGUUUAAUGCUGCAAUUUUACGUAUUUAUUUUUUGGCAGAAAGUGCAGCAUGAUCGAGGGUCAUGUUCCCGCAUCAUAAUCAUUGUGGUGUAGUCCUUAUCUAACUAUACGUGUACAACUUUUUACCCAGAGAAUGUAUUCGUCUGAAUGAAUGGUUCAUCCCUUCUUUGUCCAAUGGUUUUCAGACAAGGCAGAUGGAUUGCUUUUUGAGCCUGGGUGACACCACUGUUUCAUGGGUAAACCACUGAAUGACUACGGGUGCUUUUUCUCACUGUUGUUGGUCUAUUCUGUCCGUGAGAAAAGGCUAAGAAGAAAUGUCUGAAAGCUGAGUGCGCUAAGGUCAAAUCAAGGUUACAGAAUUUGCUUGUCUGGUGCCAUGACAACCACUUGUAAGAUUCCAUGGUGUUUCCACAUUCACUAUUCUUAGUGAUGUUCUUUUGUGCAGUAUGGGAAUCUGAACAACUGUU